UCUCUCUCUCUCACACACACACGAACACAAACAUUGCUGAGAGGGAGAAGCGCGUCAGGUCACGGCAUCAGCUCUCACAAACUCUUUAAACUUUAAACGUUUAACCCGCGCGCGGAGGACCGGAACCCUUCCUUCUUCACGCGCCCGGAUCCGUGAAGAGCUCUCUCUCCAUCUUCAGCCUGAGACGUGAACCUCAGAAAGACUCUUUAAUGAAUCAGUAUUCGCCGCUCGAUGCCAUGGCGUUCAAAGGAAACAUCACGCUACCGAAGAUCCCGGAGUCCAACAUGGCUCUGAGCGUGUUAGGAGUGUUUCUCGGAUUGCUUCUGGAAGUUUCCACACACGGCCCCUCCAGCGUUCCCAGGAGCUCAUGGAAGCAGGAUGAUGUGAACCUGCUGGAGUUCUGGGAGCCGGAUGUGUUUAACUACACGACUCUCCUGCUGAGCGAGGACAGAGGUGUGCUGUACGUGGGCGCUCGAGAGGUCAUCUACCAACUCAACAUGAACAAUGUGUCAAUCAAGAGCAACCAGCUGAUGUGGAAAGUUCCAGAGAACGACAUGUCAAUGUGUAUUUUAAAGGGGAAAUCUAAAGAGACGGACUGUCGAAAUUACGUCCGAGUUUUGCAAGUCCUGGAUGAAGACAAUCUGUAUGUUUGCGGGACUCACGCGUUUCAACCUCUCUGUGAUUAUCUGUCUCUGCAGAAUUUCAGUUUGCUCAACAGACCAGAGGAUGGCAGGGGGAAAUGCUCCUUUGACCCGGGCCAAAGUUUCACAACCGUAAUGGUUGAUGGCGAGUUGUACUCGGGAACCGCUUAUAACUUCCUGGGGAGUGAGCCGAUCAUCUCUAGAUCUUCUCCGUCUCAGAGUUUACUGCGCACUGAGUAUUCCACGUCCUGGCUCAACGAGCCCAGUUUCGUCUUUGCCGAUGUGAUCCGGGAAGGGCAGAACAACCCGGAUGGAGAUGACGAUAAGAUUUACUACUUCUUCACGGAGGUGUCGGUGGAGUACGAGUUCUUCGGCAAGCUGCUGAUCCCCAGGAUCGCACGUGUUUGUAAGGGUGAUCUGGGCGGCCAGCGGACUCUGCAGAAGAAGUGGACGUCGUUUCUGAAGGCUAAACUGGUUUGCUCCAUGCCUGAGCUCAACUUUGUCUUUAACGUGGUUCAUGACGUGUUCAUUCUGAAAGCCCCUCACUGGAGAGACACCGUCAUCUAUGGGGUCUUUACAUCUCAGUGGGGGAAUGUUGGUCUGUCCGCGGUGUGUGCGUAUAACAUGAGUUCAGUGCACGAGGUCUUCUCCAAAGGGAAGUACAUGCAGAAGGCCACGGUGGAACAGUCCCAUACCAAGUGGGUCCGAUUUAAUGGCAUCACCCCGAGUCCCAGACCCGGAGAAUGCAUCACUAACCAGAACCGCAAGCAGAACAUCAACUCGUCCCUCCAGCUGCCGGAUAAGACUCUGCAGUUCGUGCGGGACCAUCCGCUGCUGGAGGACCCCGUGCUGCCCAUCGGCAACGGCCCGCGCCUCAUCACCAAAGACGUCAACUACACACAGAUCGCUGUGGAGAGAGUUCAGGCCCUCGAUGGGAACCUCUACGAUGUGAUUUUCACUGCCACCGAUAAAGGUUUUCUGCAUAAGUCUCUGGUGUUGGAGGGAGAGGUUCACACGGUGGAGGAGAUCCAGCUGCUGAAGAACUCCGAGCCAAUCAAAACGCUGCUGCUCUCCACACGGGCGGCCCAGUUCCUGUACGCUGGUUCUGACUCCGGAGUGGUUCAGUGUCCCACAGCGUUCUGUGAGAAGUACCUGUCCUGUGUGGACUGUGUCCUGGCUCGAGACCCGUACUGCGCCUGGGACGCGCGCUCGACUUCCUGCAUUAAUAUUUUCCAGGAUGAUGCUCAACAACGGAAGUUGAUUCAGAGCCUCAAAGGGGAUGCUGGGAUGUGCCCUCCAGUCGCUGCUGUGGCGCUGGAGGACUACCAGCAGGUGGCGGUAAAGCCCGGCGGCUCGGCUGAUCUGUGGUGUCAGGUGCGCUCUAACCUGGCUCAGGUGUUGUGGAAACUCAACGGUCACGCUCUCAGCGACGCCUCUCGCUUCCUCCUGCUGGGGGAGAACGGGCUCCUCAUCUACAGCGUGACGUCAGAGGACGCGGGCCGCUACGAAUGCUGGUCCGUCGAAGCGGGUGCGGGACAGAACUUCACCCGUCUGGUGGCCGGAUACGUCCUUCGCCUGGAUCUUCCCGAGAACACGCCUUCAAUAUCCGCUCAGCGUCCUCCGAGUGUGUCCCGUGACCCGACCCCGGCGCCUGAAGCACCCUUGGCUGUUCCUCAUCCCCCUGUCGACGUCCCGUCCUCGGGCUGGAGGGGUGUGGAUGGGCCUCGGCUGAUCCCCCCUCUCCUGAGGGAACAGUCCUGGGCCCUUCACCCUCACCAGGCCUUCCUGCUCUUCUGCCUGGCCUUGGGUCCUCGAGAUGUAAGUGUUGAGUGGCACAUGAACGGACGGAGACUCGAGACUCCCGUGUUUGAACACAGGCGCGUGGUUUCCCAUGAUGCCGUGCUGGUGAGCAGCUGGCUGAAGGAAGAAGCUCUGACAGAAGAUGUGCAGUAUGAGUGUACGGCAGUGUCUGAAACUGGAAACGACGCUUCAAAAGUCGACCUUCGGCUCAAUGCCAGAGACGAGGCCGGUGUUCCUCACACACAUGUGGAUCAGUGGAGAAACACUCUGUCUGAACACAACACACUCCUGCAGGAGUGGAAGAAAGCCUGGGAGAGCUGUGAUGGACAGGGUGUUCUCUGAACCGGCUCAUUAUCGCUCAUCAUGGCAUCGUUUUCUGGCUCCAGGGACGGACGCUUGGACGAGAGCACACACACACACACACACACACACACACUCUCACAUCAUCACACUGCUGGUGUGUGGUGCUUCAGGUCCAUGAUGCACACACACACACUCUCUCAGCGGCUCCGUGUCCAUCAGCCUGUCCCUGUUCCUCCGGAUCCGAGAUCCCACUGGAGAACGUCGGGGAUUGCAGGCGGUUUGAGACAGUUGUGGAGGACGUACGCAGAGAGACAGGUGCAGACAGCGAGACUGAUGACAACCGCUUUCUACAACGCUUCUAUUUGUAGCGCUUCCAUCCUCGAGAGCAGACACAGCGGCUCAUGUUAGUGAAGCAGCAUCUGUGUUUAUAGCCUCCUGUUGUGUUAUUGAAAUAAUCCCGUGUGUUUAUCUAAGCAGAUUUUGAAUGCAUAUCAAGGAAGUUGCUAGAAUAUAUUUUUUUGUCCUCCAAAUUAGAGGUUGCAACCACAAUAAAUAAUAUUUCUAUUAUUCGUCA